UUAUUUAUUUAUUUAUUUUUUUCCCGCUGUAUUUAAUUCUUAAACUGGUCAAACAUGACCCAAAUGUAACAGGGUUAAAUUUACAAUAGGAAAUUUUGAGGCUUCUUCCAAAGGGUGUUUAGAACUUCCGCAAAGGUUUCCACCAAUGGUAUCCCAGGUAUGUUUUUAAUGUUUACAGCAGUGUGGACAACUUCAUAAACAAUAGACGUUCUCCUGGACCUUUUUUUUUCUCCUUUCUUCAAAUACUUCACACUAUUCACUCAUGCAGUAUAGUAUAGCACAGCAUAGGAUAAUACAGUAUAGUGUACAUGUUAUAUCCAUAACAAUUAGAACAUUCUGAAUAGAUCUGGAUGUAGAUGCUUCCAGAUAGAUUUGCAAAUUUCCUCCCCCACCACUCCUGUCCCCACCUCUCUCUUCUAGUCUUAAACAGAUUACCCAGGAGUUAAAGAAGCCUGCACUAGGCCCUGUGCAGUCCAUGUAUUAGGCUUAGAGACACAGAGGAAGCAGAUGGAAUAAGAAAACCAGGGGAUCUAAUUACAAUGGCUUAAUCAGUAAGCAAAGGCUCGGCCAGAAGCAGGUAAAGCCAAUGCCCGCUCGCACAGUUCCUCUUUCAGCUGCAAGAAGCUCUUAGCUCGGAUAUUGGAAACAACUACUGUUAUUUAACAUGGAGAACGAGGAAGAGGAAGAUGACAUUUUUACAAGGCAAGGAGGAUAUGAAGGGCUGGAAAAUGUGGAGAAGCAGGAGGAGGAGGAAGAGGAAGAAGAAGAGAAGCUAGAAACUGAGAGAAAGAGCAGUUUGGAUAUCCCGUUUCCAACUCGGUCACUGGCCAGUCGCAGAGCUUCACUUCCAUGCCCAGCUCAGCUGAAUGCCAUGCAUUUGAGUUGUCUGCAUGCUGCCACCAUGACCCCUAGCCCAGCUUACCUGAUCCAUCGGCUGGAGAGCGGUGAAGCGAGGCCAUGCUCUCGCUCUUGUCAUAGUGGUAAUGAUGAGGAGAGAAAACAUGCCAAGGGCGGAGCAUCUGACAGACGACCACCUGCUAUCCCCACCAUCCCUGAGGUCCACGAGCCCCUGGAGAGAAAAGCUCGAUUUAGGAGCCGAAAUGUCAUGUCUCUGAGUGAUGCUUACAGUGUGUGUUUGAUCUGCCAUGAUGACCUACGCAAAGGAGGCGGAGCUAUUAGAGAGCUUCAUUGUUCCCACAGUUUCCACAGUGAUUGCAUAGAGGAGUGGCUGUGGACCAAGCAGACCUGUCCUACAUGUCGAAAGCAUGUUGCCAUGCCGGAGCCGCUCUACUGGACAUCUACCAGAGUAAUAGUGCCCUGAGCUCUUCAAGCGCCCAUUCAAACCAUCAGCUUUAAAUGGGAUGUAUAGCAGAGACCUUCUGUCUCCUAAAAAGUGGAUAUGAGUUGGACAAAGGACAAUGGUUUUAAAAGGAACAGCUAUCGUUCACAUUACGGUUGCAUUCUAACACUAUUCCUCUAACAUGGAAGAAAGACCCAUUUUCAGAGACUCUGAGUUUUAGAUAUAUCAUAUCUGUAGUCAAAAGGUGCUUUAAAAAGGUUUACGAACAUCCACAAAGAGGAGAUUGUGUAACUGAGGAGCAAGAGAUGGACAAAACAUAAAAUUAGGCAGAUUUUUAUCAUAAUUGCACGAAAAGCUGUUUUGAUUUAUUUAUUGCAUUUUAAUAUUAAGAAAAGUUAUGUCUCUUUUUCUAUCAUGUACAUCAUUUUCUGGAGACAAAUUUACAAGCUGUAUAAAAGUGUAAAAUGUACCUCACUAUAUCUGUGAAUAUUUUAGAGCUCCUGCUGUAGUAUUUUAAAACUUCUAUUUGACAAUGUAACUAAUGUAAUACUAUUGAUGAACAAAGAUGUAGACCCUAAUUGUCUAUUAAUACAUUGUCUACACACAUCCUAAGGCAGUCAAGUGUGAAUGUAAGACAUAAUGACAGCAUGUUUAGGUCUAAGCAAUAAA